CUCAUUUUCACUCACCGGGCCGGCUGAAUGAAUCAACCAUGACCUUCAUGGUGAAAGGCCAUGCAUGACAUGGAUAAUUGCCUUUCAGAAUUGUAUAAUUUUACUCAUGUAUUGUACUAACAUGUCCUACUAGAACUAGUCAAGGUAGACCAUAGUGGCUAGCGCAGAAGACUUCAGGAAGGAAGUAACUUAGUUGGUGUACAUGAUCUAGAAAAUUGUACACUACAAAACAUGUUAUUGUGAACGAUAGAUUAAGACUGAGUGCAAGCCUGACCAAGAGCUGCAUGUGGAAACUCGGGCGAUCAGCGCCAAGCGGCAAUUAUUUCUGUGGAUUGUUGAAGCUGCAGCUGCAAAGCUCUGAUCUGUCAAAAAAUGGCGCUGGCGUGUUGUGCCUGAGUCUGGAUCACAAGUCUGCCGGCUAGAUCGCUAUUACACUGUGUUGGAAGGACUCAGUUGAGCUCAACACACAUGCACAGCAGUGCACCUUCCAUUUGCUUGCCUGUGGACUGGCCUGCGCCUUCGUGGCUGACGGUUUCAUGCAGGCGUCGCUGCAUGCUGCCCUCGGCUCUCUGAUUUGUCAUUGUGAUUGACUGAACACUCCACAUGGCCACUUCAGCGGAGGCAAGAACAUUCCUGGUCUCCGAGGCAGAUUCUGGCGGCAGUUGUAACAAUGCAGGAGAAGAAACUAGCGGUGCCAGUAGUUGUGAGGAUAGCCAUCCACGGCCAGAAAAGAGCGGCAAGGCACUACAGAACACCCACAGGAUUGCCGUAUCGGAUAAUGGCAGCAGUCAGUGGACGCUCUACCACGUGUUGGUGUUUGCGCUGACGUUUGUGAGCUUCAUGCUGGUGCACUCUGGCCGAAAAGCAUUCAGUAAUGUGAAGUCACUGCUGGAAAAGGAGUGGACAACUCUGGGGAAUUGUGAGCAAGACCUUCCCAACACCGUAGUAAGCCAGAACCUCUACUGUCAUGUAGAGCCAGCUAGUACGUGGGCAAAGCCAGCACUAUUUCACAGCAAUGCCGAUGCCGAGCUGUUCAUGGGAAGCUUGGACACGAUCUUCAUGUUCUUUUAUGCCGUAGGUCUGUAUGUGAAUGGCUUUCUUGGUGACCGCCUGCCUCUGGUCUGGGUACUUUCCACAGGAAUGUGCGUGUCCUCGCUAGUGACAUUCGUGUUUGGAUGCGUGACGGAGUGGGGGAGUUAUCAGCAGCGCUGGUUCUACGGAUGUCUCUGGGCCAUGAACGGCCUGGCACAGUCAGCAUGCUGGCCGAGUAUUGUGGCAAUCAUGGCCAACUGGUUUGGCAAGAAGGGCCGCGGCUUCGUCUUUGGCCUGUGGAGUGCGAAUGCAUCGGCUGGUAACGUCCUCGGUGCUCUAGUUGUCUCUGCUGUCCUUGACUUUGGAUAUGAUACCGCAUUCUUAGUUCCAUCAGUGAUGCUAUUUGCAGGUAGUAUCAUCAAUAUAUUUUGUUUGCCCGAAUCUCCACAGAAAGUGCAAGCUCUUCAACGAAAGAGCAAUGCACUUCAAAACAAACCUAUUCCGCUCCGUGAUCGGAUCAUCCAUGCCACUAGCGUUGAUGAGCAGUCAUCUGACACUGAUACCGAGUCUGUAACAUCGGGAUUAUCACCUGCACGAUCUGACAAGGCAAUCAGUUUCUUCGCUGCGUGGAAGAUACCUGGGGUGCUCGAGUACUCCCUUGCCUAUGCCUGCCUUAAGCUUGUAAACUAUUCGUUAUUCUUCUGGCUUCCAUUCUAUUUGACAGACAGUCUUCACUGGUCCCGUACGCUGGCUUCCAAACUGAGCACUCUUUAUGACAUUGGUGCCAUAGUUGGUGGCACACUGGGCGGCAUCACGUCCGAUCUUAUAGGCCAUCGAUCCCCUGUGUUGUCCCUGAUGCUGAUCAUUGCUGUGCCAUUUCUAUUUAUCUACCGACAAUAUGGAACCGGUGUCAUGGGAAACUCGGUGCUAAUGUUUGCCCUUGGUUUCUGGAUCAGCGGGCCGGCCAACCUGCUCAGCUCAGCAAUCUCUGUCGACCUUGCUCAGCAGAAGACGCUGAAGGGCAAUACUAAAGCCCUGGCAACGGUAGCAGGAAUUAUCGACGGCACGGGCAGCGCGGGUGCUGCUGUCGGCCAGUACUUGAUCAGCCUGAUUGAGACUCAGUCUGGCUGGCAGAAUGUAAUCUAUUUUCUCAUGUCCAUGUUGAUCAUGGCAACACUUUGCAUGUGCCGCAUGCUUGUCCAUGACUGUCGGUCAAUGUGGCGGACUUACGGAAGGAGGCAUAGAGGGCUAUAGAACGCCGAGACUCCACGGUUCUAGUAGUCGCAUCAAGAGGAUGAUGUGCUGGAAUGAUGCAACGGCUUCAUGGCCACAUGCUGACUAGCUCGUAUGUUACCCUGAUCGGGCUCUAGAUUACUUUCAUCAACUCGUAUGAUAAUUAUUAAAAUAAUUUAUUAUGAUAUUUCAUCCUUGAUUAUCUCUCCAAUACCAUCACAACCAAGGUCUUCCACUGCAAUUGAAAUUAAAUUAUUCACCCUUUAAUAUAAUACUGUAGUAUAUAAUGGCAGAAGGCCAAGAUGGA